AUGAUUCUGGAUUUUUAUUUGUCUACACUUCUUUGGAUACUGCUUCCAAUUUUUACUUUCUGUGAAGAAAGUAUUCAUAAAACUUUUUUUCCAUUAGUUCCAAACGAAAUCAAUCAAACUACCUUUCCAAUCACUAUCAACACUGAUUCUGAAUCAGAUGUUAUACUUUUUAAAUGUCCAGACAAGGAAUAUAAACACUCAAAUGUUGAAGAUUUAUUUUACUUGGAUAAUUCAAUAGAAUCUUCAAAAUCAACAAUUCGUAAUAGGGAAAAAAUUUUUUCUUGGAUACCAUUGGCGAAUAAUAAUAAUCAAUUCAAUUAUAUCAAUUGUGGAAAUGUUAGUAUAAAAAGUAAUGCUGGAGGUCAUGUAGACUAUAAAUGGGAAUUUAAAGUUAACUGGCAACACAAGUCAGAUCCAUUUAAAAUGGCAAAACGGAUUACAAUAGUUAAUCAACUUCCUCUUACCAAUAAAUGUGAUAGUAAUCUGGCUAAUGUAUUAAAAUUUACAAAAGAUAGACAAAAUACAAUAAUACAACUGAAAUUAGAAAAUGAUGAAUUGAUAAAACCGGAUGAAUUACCUUAUGUCAACAAACUAUAUUAUUAUUUUAACAAGUCAAAAGAUGACGUUAAUGUGGAUCAAGUAAAACCAUGUGCAAUUUUUAGGGCUAUCAAUGAUAGACCAACAAUGACAAUUCAAGGAUUUAACACUUCUUUAACAACUUUAGACGAUCUGCCUAUUAAAGUUAUUAAUUUGGAAGAUGUAGCAGGAUCAUUCUCAACCAAACUUUUUUUAGUUGGUCAACCAAAUUUAAUAAAUUUUUAUAAUGAUGAGAUAAUGUUAAUGAAGAGAGUAGCAUUUACAAGGGAUGGAAUUAAAGAAAUACCAAAUUUUGCUGAAACUAUAAAACAUUCUUUCUCAUUAAAAGGAUUUCAGCUAUUAAAAUUUUCUUAUGAUUGGCCAACCCAUGAUCGUAACUUUUUAUCAACGGAAACAUUUUACUUUGGCCCAAAAACAAAAAAUCAUGUAUUUCCAUUGGAAAAUACAAUUUAUCCAGUAAAAGGAGUAAAUAUUAAACCAAAUUGUUCAAUCAAUCGAAUCACUUUUGGAUACCUUGAUUCAAUUAGUUUUAAUGGUAAAACAGUUAAACUGGAGAAGUUAAGUAAUGAUGGAAAAGAGAAAGAUAAUUUUGUACGUUCUGGAAACUACAUUUUUACAUCAAAUAUAAAUGACCCUAAAAUAACAUUAAAAUGCAUUUACAUCACACCAAAUGGCAAUGUUACUUUCCCUCAAGUGUUUAUCAGAAUAGGUAAUGUGCCUAGUAGAUUUGAUGGAAAAAGCCGAAAAAUUACUGAUGGAAAUGAUAAAAAGUUUAACAAUAUUCAAAAAGAACCAAAGAUAGAACGGACUGAAAAGUUUGAAGAAAAAAGUGGGUCUAUUUGGAUAUAUGUAAUUAUUGGUAUAAUUCUUUUACUUAUCAUUGCAAUAAUCAUUAUUAUUAUUAUAAUAUGCCGUCGAAAGUCAACCAAACAAAUGACUGGAAAAAAGACUAUUGAAACAAAAAAGACAGAAAAGAAAAGCAGACUUUCUUUAAGUAUUAGUUCAUCUAAAAAUACAAAAGAAUAA